GUACCGUCGUGGGUGCUGCAGCGUACCGACGUGUACCGACUGGCAGCAUCGGUGCGCCAGUACCUGCUGGUACUUGGCAGCGAGGCAGCACAAGUACCAGAGUCACCAGUAUCUCUGUGCGAGUACGCCUGCCUCAACGUACCACUACCUGACCAUCACAGACGGUACCUGCUGCACCUGCACUGCUACCAUCAGCGUCUCAUGUACCUGCUGCACCUGCAGGAGCAGUGGACCAGCCUGGGGUGCGUGCACUGUGAGGCCCUGGUGGCCAGGCGGGAGGACCUGCUGAUCGUGUCCUCCGAUGGCCAGCAGUCCGCCUACGUCAACCCCGGGGGCUUCGUCCACGAGAUCAUCACCGUCAGGACCACCGACCGCCUUUACCUGCUGGGGGCGCC